CCUCGCGGCCCCACCCCGGCCCCCGCCCCCCGCCGCCGGCGCACCUCCACUCGGCCGCGCGCUCAGUGUCCCCCUGCCGGCUCCCAGCCGCGGCGCCUGGCGCUUCCCCCUAGCGUCCCCGCCGCCGCCACCCACCGCCCCGCGCCAUGGAGCCGGCCGCGGGCAGCGAGCGCCGCAGCGCCCCGGGCCCCGCCGUCCCGCCGCCGCCCCGGGGCCCCCCACCCUUGGCUGCCGCGCCCGGCCCUCUGGGGACCCCCGCGCGGGAGCCGCCGCAGUCCGACGACGAAAGGCAGAUGCGCAUCAGCGAGAGCGGCCAGUUCAGCGACGGGCUGGAGGACCGAGGCUUACUAGAAAGCAGCACUCGACUAAAACCCCACGAAGCCCAGAACUACAGAAAGAAGGCGUUGUGGGUCUCCUGGUUCUCCAUUAUUGUCACACUGGCCCUGGCGGUAGCUGCCUUUACUGUCUCCGUUAUGAGGUACAGCGCCUCUGCUUUUGGGUUUGCAUUUGAUGCCAUCCUUGAUGUCCUGUCAUCGGCGAUUGUGCUGUGGCGUUACAGCAAUGCGGCCGCUGUACAUUCUGCCCAUAGGGAGUACAUAGCCUGUGUCAUCUUGGGGGUGAUAUUCCUUCUGUCAUCCAUAUGUAUAGUGGUCAAAGCCAUCCAUGACCUCUCAACGAGGCUGCUCCCAGAAGUGGAUGAUUUCCUGUUCAGCGUUUCCAUUCUAAGUGGGAUCCUGUGCAGUGUCCUCGCUGUGCUGAAGUUCAUGCUCGGGAAGGUUCUGAGCAGAGCACUCAUCACGGAUGGGUUUAACUCCCUUGUAGGUGGUGUCAUGGGCUUCUCCAUUCUCCUGAGCGCGGAGGUGUUCAAGCAUAAUGCGUCGGUCUGGUACCUGGAUGGAAGCAUCGGCGUGCUCAUUGGCCUCACCAUAUUCGCCUACGGGGUCAAACUCCUCAUGGACAUGGUGCCCAGGGUGAGGCAGACGCGCCACUACGAGAUGUUUGAGUGAGCAGCUGGGCGUCGCGUGGACCCCGUCAGGAUGGCAGGAGGCUCCCACACAGGCAGAUGGUGCCAAUGUUUAAUUCAACAUUCAGCUUUUUGUUUUAUUUUUGUGGGGGGGGCGGUUUAUGCUCCUGGGCACGAGGUGUACCCAGCAGGUGGGUCUGCACGGCUCCCCCCUCACUCCCAUCAGACACAUUAGAACAGUGAACAGCAGGGAAGACUCGUUUCCUGUCCCCUGACGGAAGUGAUGUCUUGGUUUUUGGGAGAGUCUGGAUUCCCACGGGGUGAGUGAGAGCACUGUUCUCUGCUACUCUCGGCUGAGACUGAUGGACACUGUCCAGACCCACCGCCAUGGCAGGUCACCCUUGUGUCCCUGGGACCCCCCCUUUCCAUACUCAGAAUCAUCAGUAUAUAUCACCUCCUAAUUUCUACCAAUGUAUUUCAUUUGUUUCAUACUGUUUUACUAAUUCUAAAUCUAAACUGAUUUGUCCCAAACGAGACCAUUCUAUUUUUCAAGUGCUUAGUGAUCUAUGUAGGAGCUUUGCAUGAAUGAAGUUAAGCACACGGCCCUUUCUUGUACACCAAGAACCUGAACACACACAUAAAACAGGAUCCAUUUUUGAGAGAUGUGAAACUACACUUUAUUUGUAAUAAAUAAUUAUAUAAUCUAUUCAUAUAUGCAUAUAUCUAUAUGCUGUACUAUGUGGUAAUGGUACAUUACAGUCUGUUAGAGGUGGCUCACUCUGUAAGGAAUGUUUCCAUUUCUGUCAUGUUGUAGGUAUAGACUCCAUAAAACGUUCCCCCAACACGCAACGUACCUCUGGCACUGUGGGCUUGUCCUGGCAAGUGUCUGACCAAUAAACACCUUUACCUGUUUUGUAUGGUA